AUGAGGAGUAUUAUUCUGGUGUUGGCAUUCGCUUUGGCGGCUGUCUCAGCCCUGCAACUGGAGGCGCCGGUUGAACAGGAUGUUUCCCUGCAGGAACUGACCAAGAAGCUGGGUCUCGAACUGAACCUGGACUUUGAUUUGAACAUGGGCUUCAACCUGGAGGAGAUGCUUUCCGAGGAGGGCAACGUGGAUGUGGACGAGUUCUCCGUCUUGGACAGCAUAGUGCGCCUCCUCAUCGCCGAAUCGAAGGCUCUGGCCAAGGACAUCAUCCAGCUGACGGAGCGCCAGCUGCUGAAGAUCUUCCUGUGGCCGAUUAGGGAGCUGGAGAAGCUGGCGGCCGACAUCGAGCAGCGGGCAUUGGAUGUGGGCGACUGUGCUGUCAAUGUGACCACCAGUUCCGCCGAAUUGGUGACGUCCACCACUCUGGACUUCCUGGGCUGCGCACGCACUGCCGCCCUCACGUCGAUCAACCUGGUGCUGGACACCAAGAAGGCGGUACUCCAACUGACCGUCGACGGCUAUCAGCUGUAUCAACUGAGGAAGGAAUGCCAGGGCUACAAGGAUUCCAGCAUCCGCAAGAAGACAUGCAACACCAAGUUCUCCGUCAAGAGCGUGCUGUACAUCGCCAAUGGACAGGCUUCGCUGCGCCACCUGAUCAGGCUCCGCAAGAGCGUUCCCGCCGUGGCCACCGAUGCGGCCAGCUGCACCUCCAAGUCCACGGAGAACGCCAUCCGCGUCUUCGGCGAGCUGAACGCCGCCAUCGAUGCCUGUGCCGCCAUUUUUUAG